AUGAAACGUCAAAACGUACGAAGCUUGCUAUUGGUUGUCGGCAUGAUGGCCUACCUUCUCAUUGGUGCAGCCGUUUUCGAGCGCCUCGAAUCAGAGAAGGAGGAACGAAUUCUGAAAGAUCUCAUCCUCGAAAGGACCAAUCUAAAACUGAGAUUCAACUUGAGUGACGUAGAGUGGGAGGAGCUUACGGACCACGUGACCAGGUACAUGCCACACAAGGCCGGGGUACAGUGGGGCUUUGCCGGGGCCGUAUACUUUUCCACUACGGUCAUUACUACUAUUGAAAAGACUACCCCAUUUAGGCCUGUAAUUUUUAUUAAAUAUAUCAAUAAACUAUUUUGGGUAAACAACGACAAUUCUCUUAACGUCAUCCCGCUGAUAAACGACAGCAGUUUAACGAUCGAUUUCAAUAGUGACGUCAUCGAUGACGUCAAUCGAUACUCGAACGUUCUGAGGGAGUCGUCGAAUCAAUUGGUGAGGAAAAUUUUGAAAUCGCGUGGUUACUUGAGGAGUAGAAAAACUUCAUCCGCGGCCGAUGAAAUGAGUGUUGCAACUUCAAAUUUUGAUGACAACGACGGGAAAAAACUUGAAACCACAAUUAACAUUGAUGACGACGCUAAUAAUAACUGUAACGAUGGCGUUGACGUCAAAGUUUUAAACAAAUCCAAGCACACAAAAAGUGAUUUUGAUCCUGAAAAACUUGAAAAAAAUCAGUUGAAUACCGAUAUAAUAACCAACAUCGAAUCGAGCCGAAACUCGAUAUUCGAAGCCGAAAACGAUGGUUCAAUUUGCGAGCGCAUAUCAAAUCCAGACACUCAUUCACUGCUUAAUUAUGAAAACAAACCAAAAACCAAAAGCAUCAUUACAAGACAUAAAAACAUCAAAAUUGAUGGCGCUAAUAACAUUGGGAGGAUUAAUAAUUUUGCUUCGAGUUUCAGCGAAUACAAACGAAACAACAUUUGCAGCAUCACUAGCAACAACAACAACAACACUAACAACGACAACGUUAUCAACAAUGACAUCAACACAGGCAACAACAAGUUAUACAGCAAUGUAAGAAAUAUUAUGAACAACACAUUUGAUCAUACAAACAGUUAUAGAAACAUCCUCACAGAUAGAAAAAAGCAACAACAGGAAAACUCGCCACAAACAGAUUAUCCCACAUAA